AUGCAGAUCAAGCUUCUUGCCGUCCUGUUGUCCAUCGCGCUGGUCGCCGUAGCAGAGGCAAAGAAGCACCACCACGGUCAAGGCCACCACAAACAGCAUCAUGCCGAGCACAAAUCGCAUCUAGACUCGCGUGGCCAUGACGACGCGCACCAGAUCGGCGUUCCCUGGGGAUGCGAUCCGACGUGCAUCAAAGGCCUCAAGUCCACCAGACGCACCGACGUCGUCUGGUACCAGCAUUGGCAAGAUACACGCGUUCCCGAGCUCGACCAGCUCGGGUUCGACUACGUCCCCUCCUUCUGGGGUCCUUCUAAAUGGGACAGGUGGAACGCCGUCAAAGCCGAAAUCUCCAAAGGACCCCUACCCACAUAUAUGCUGGCAAUGAACGAGCCGGACGUUCAAGGUCAAGCGGAUCUCGGACCGAAGGCGGCGGCCAAGCUGUGGAUGCAAGAGCUCAAGCCGUUUGCCGACAAGGGAGUUCAGGUCAGUUCGCCCCAGAUGUGCUGGAACAUGCAGUGGCUCGAGCAGUUCAUGUCCGAAUGCAAGAAGCUCGGAUGCAACAUGAGCUUUAUCGCCCUGCACUGGUACGGGUCUUGGCGCGACUUUGACAAGUUUACCCAUUGGAUCUCGAGCGUGCACGAUGCGUACAAUCUGCCCAUCUGGGUCACCGAGUACGGCGUCACUCAGGCGAGCGGUGGCUCGCAGGCGCAGAUCAAGGACUUCCACGUCCGCGCCGUCGAGUGGAUGCGUCAGACGGGCUACGUCAAGCGAUCCGCCUGGCUCGGCGGCUUCCCCGUCAACCAGAAGCCCGAUCCGUAUCCGUCGAGCCUGAACAGCUACUUCAACGGCGACGGUAGCGCACGUGACCUUCUCUGGUGGGUCUCGCAGUCGGCAGGUGGCUCGUGGCUCAGCUUCCCCGGCAUUCACAGGCGUGACACCGAAUCAUCGCCAGAGCAGCACAAGGAUUACAAGGACGACGACGUCAAGAAGGCAGAGCAUGAGCAAUACGAUGAGGAUCACUGCGACUACAAGUGUCAGCUUCGCCAAGGCUCGAUUGAGAAGCAUCACCGCAAGAGGAAGGGUGUCGUCGAGGUCAACGAUGGCAAGGUUUGCGUCGCUACUCCGUCGAAGCUCGGUAAGGAGGAGUGCAAGAAGCUAUCUACGUGCCUCAAGCACGCCGGCUUGCUUUCGAACAACACUCAUCACCUGGAUACACAGAUGAAGGACGAUGUACGUCACGUUCACGUCGGAGCCCCGAAACAAGCCAAUGUGAACGUCUCUUGA